CUCUCACAUCUCUCAAUAGUCAGACCCACGAUGUAUAAGGAUUCUAGGACAAGAUAUGAUUACCAUGCACUGCACUGGUGUGUAAUCCCAUUUGAUCCUCUUAGCGUUUUGUCCUAUUAGGCUACACCUUAGCCAGACACGCCGGCGUCACGGUUUUGUAGUUCAGGUACAAGCACAAUAUCAUUUGUCUAUGAAAACCAUGAGGCAGCUUGUGAUCCACCCUGGACUGUGCCUUAUUUCUGGGACGAAGAACAGUGAAAUAUAUGCUUAUUUCAGCGGGAAGCAGGUGUAUGCAUUGAUGCUGCAUUUACUUUCAUGAAGUAUCCCCUCUAUAAUAUGGCUAUUUGAUUCUGCCGGAAGUAUCUGGACGCAAGUAUAAAAGACUGUUGUGCAAUGAUCAUGUCUCAAUAACCCCCAAAUUCACAUUCAGUCCCUCGACAAGACAUCUACCAUGAAAUCUCCUUAUACUGUGACUUUUUCUCUUGUUAUUCUUGCCUUUUCUCUUGUGCAUAUGACGAUUGCGGGACCCAUUACUGGUUCGAAGAACGGUAUCCAGUAUUUCCUUAGCAUCUACUGAUGUGAAUGAUCACUGACUCUGUUCAGAUGAGUAUAAUGUGGUUCAAAAUGAGCAAUACAAUCACAAACGUGGAGAGCGUAAACAUGAUAAUGGGCGGCUCUACAUAUGGGCAGAGGACUCCGACGCUUCACAAGCGCGAGCCUGAGCCUGGUUUUAUGAAAUUCGACUCUGCACUCGACGACAAAGCAGAAGAUGACGACAUUGACUGAGG